AUGAUAACCCUCGAGGAAGUGGAGGUGUUGACUGCAGCGACAAUAGGCAUUGUGGAAGCCUGGAUGACUGAUGUUAAGUUGCAGCUGGCUCAUCACAAGAUUAAACGAGUCGUCUCCAGCCAUGUAGCCGAAGAUAAAGAAGAACCAGAAACAGAAGAAUACGAAGAAGACCAGACUGACGAAGAUUCCGAAGAAUUAAAUUUUCAGAUUAAGCUUAAAUUUAAUUAUCUGCUUUCUCUCGUUCUAAUUUCAGGUAACAUAACUGCCGUUUUCACGACCAAAGCUAAAGGUCACGAACUGAUAGACAUUAUGGAGCGGCAAAACUACGAGGUGACGAUGGCGAUAAUCGAAGGAAGCCGUCACUACCGAUCGCUGGCCAACAUCAAUAGAACUUCGGUGCUGUUCGUAUCCAUCUCGUUCAUAGUGCUGAUGAUCAUCUCGCUGGUGUGGCUGGUGUUCUACUACGUGCAACGGUUUCGGUAUUUGCAAACCAAAGAUAAACAAUCGAGGCGACUUUGCAACGUUGCGAAACGAAUCAUUGCCAAAAUCCCUACUAAGAGUAUUAAAUCGGAUGACAAGGAAAUCGACAACGAUUGCUGCGCCAUCUGUAUCGAGCCCUACAAGGUCACGGAUGUGAUACGCGUUCUUCCCUGCAAACACGAAUUCCACAAGAUUUGCAUCGACCCGUGGCUGCUGGAGCACCGGACCUGCCCGAUGUGCAAGAUGGACAUCCUCAAGCAUUACGGCUUUGUGUUCACCGGUAGCCAGGAGAGUAUUCUUCAGUUGGACCUGGAUAUGGAGGAAGGUGAUCUGGUCGACGAUCACAGCAGCACCGAUGGAGGCUACCAGCGCCGUCAUAGCGUCAGCCCGCUGCCUCAGAUUAGGGCCACCACCGAGAAUCAACUAUCCCGCAGCUCCUCGGAGUCCGACUUGGAUCGCGAGCACCGUCGAGCUAGAGGUUCCACCAGUCUACACCAUUCCAAUCGGCAAUCCCUGGGAAGAGACAGUAUGGAGGGCGAUCUGGCAGAGAGCUCCUGCGCUGCCGCUGUAGCAAAUGAUGCUGACGACAAAGAUAUCUGCGUGGGAUGUUUAGCUGCAGCACUGAACAAAAAGCAACGCAAUUUUGAGGGCACUGUUUCGCAGGACGAUGCCGAAAGCGAUACCUAUCCUUCCGAGCAGCACGGAUCAUCGAGUCUUCCUAGCACGCUGAAAAAGUACAAGGGCAACCAUUCGACUGGUUCGUGCCGUGGCAUGAACCCACCCGAUCACUACCACCAGCAUCCACCUCAGAACCAGCAACCCCAGGCUGCUCAGUCGAAACUUCCGUUCCGAUUCUACAAAACCGAUGGUGGCCAAGGGCGUAAGAUUCGCACCCCGCUCAAGAAUCUUAUCUGCCAGUCCAAAUCGGCACCGUGUGAUGAUGGUUCCCUGACCGAUAUCCAUCUGGGAUCGGAGGAGCGAACCUGCUCCCAGGUCCCGGUGGCUACGGCCGGAGUCCAUUCGAAAUCGGCACGCCGCUGCUCGCUGUCGCGAACUUCUUCCAGUGGGUCUGAUACCCGAAAAUUUGCUCAUUACCCGGAACCGGACCACUCGGAUCAGGAUCCGGAAGACGAUGGUUCAUAUGAAACCGAACCGAACAGUGACAAUGAUCUGAUCAUUAAGGAUAGGGCUGGUGCCGAUGGGGAUGUUAAGAAAAAGUGAUAACCGUGAUAUUAGGAUAUUGGUAGGGUAGAGGAGAACGAUCGAUUUUCUUCCAGUGUUUCUAGUGCUCCUCUAGAUAAGAUGCAAAUUAUCGAUACAAUUUCGCAGUUCCGUAGCAUUUUUCCUUAGGGUAGAGAACAAACUGACAGUUAAACAGUAUAUGCGUGAUAUGAAUGUACUUUUCUAGACUAUAGCUGCUUCGGCGAUGUGAGGAGGAACCGAAAUGGUUUGAUCGAUUUCUAGAUUUACGAAACUUUCAUGCGAAUAACUCAGCAAUAUUGUAAAUUUUAUUGAAUUGUGUAUUAAUUUUUUUGAAAUAAGAACUAAGAUUUGAUAUUUGAA